AUGGAUUUCGAGGUGCAGGUGGUGGAGUCGUCGUUUGUAACGCCCAGCGAGCCGGCACCGAGGAAGGGGCUCUGGCUCUCUUCCUUGGACCUCUGGCUGGCCAACCAAGGCCACACUCCAACGAUCUACCUGUACAGCUCCAACGAUGUUGCCGCUACGGCUGAUUUCUUCGACGUGGCCAGGCUCAAAGAGGCUAUGGCCAGAGCCUUGGUGGCCUUCUACCCCCUCGCUGGCCGCCUCGGCAUCAACAACGACGACGGCAGGAUGGAGAUCAGCUGUAACGGCGAAGGGCACUCUUUGUUGUCGCUCAGGCUGAUGAUCUCACUGCCGAUGACGUCAAGAAAUUCAAGCCGUCGCCAGAACUGA